CGCGGUUCAGCGAACUACGUCUGGUGCACGACAAGCGUCCUCGGCAAGGGCGCCACCGGUGCAGUCUUCCAAGGAGUCGACAAGAACAACGGCCAACCCGUGGCCGUGAAGACAUUCAACCAGCUCUCCCACAUGCGCCCAAUGGACGUCCAGAUGCGUGAAUUUCAGGUCUUAAAAAAGGUGAAACACGAGAACAUAGUGAAGCUCCUGGCGAUCGAGGAGGAGCAGGACGGUCGUGGCAAGGUGAUAGUGAUGGAGCUGUGCACGGGUGGCAGCCUCUUCAACAUCCUCGACGAUCCGGAGAACACCUACGGCCUCUCGGAGUCGGAGUUUCUCCUCGUUCUGGAGCACCUCUGCGCCGGGAUGAAGCACCUGCGAGACAACAAUCUCGUCCACAGGGACUUGAAGCCCGGCAACAUAAUGAAGUACAUCGCCGACGACGGCAGUACCAUCUACAAGUUGACGGACUUUGGUGCAGCUCGGGAGCUACACGAGGACCAGCAGUUCAUGUCGCUUUACGGCACCGAGGAGUACCUCCACCCUGACAUGUACGAGCGCGCGGUCCUCAGGAAGCCAGUGGGCAAGACCUUCGGGGCCACCGUCGAUCUAUGGUCAAUCGGUGUGACGCUGUACCACGUGGCCACUGGUAAUCUACCCUUCAGGCCGUUCGGCGGUCGUCGAAACAAGGAGACAAUGUUUCACAUUACGACGAAGAAGUCCUCGGGGGUGAUCUCCGGGAGUCAGACGACGGAGAAUGGGCCCAUCGAGUGGAGCCGGGAUCUCCCGAAGAACUGCAGACUCAGCUGUGGAAUCAAGAAAAUCGUGACUCCAUUGUUAGCAGGUCUUCUAGAGGUCGACAGACAGAGGAUCUGGAGCUUCGACAGGUUCUUCAGCCAGGUGACAGACAUCCUCUCGAGAAAGGCCUUUCACCUCUUCAAUAUGCACACGAUGCAGUCGAUCGUCAUCUACCUCCAGCCUGAUGACAAAUUCCACACGCUGAGGGCUGCAGUGCAGGAGCAGACGGACGUCUCGCCGAGUUCUCAGGUCAUUCUCCUCGGGGAAUCCCCGAUCUCUCUGCUGAUUGAGGAGUCGACGCCCGCCAGAGGGUACCCCCUGUCCAAGAUCUCGGCGGAGAGCCCUCUGACGCUGUACUCGAGGGACAACAACAACGUCGUUCCACCGAUCGUUCCCAUUCCCGAGACGAGUAAUAUCUCUCCGAGCAGUGGUCAGGGGACUGACGCCAGCCAGACGUCUGUGACGUCCUCCCUGUCGUCUGCCUCGACUUCUGACAAGUUGAGGUCUUACGCGGGCAUUGAAACGCCGAUUGUUUUUCCGACAUUCGCGAAUAUUGUUUCGGUGGAGAACGACGCGAGUCAAGCCAAGUUGGCGUGUUCGGCUGGGCAUUCCUGCAAGAGGACGAUUGACAAGCUAGUCUCCUCGAGUAAGCUGUCGCAGGAGGCCGUGACGUCCUUCAUUGGACUCUUAAUCUCGCAGUUGACAAAGCUGCUGCAGAAGGUUGAUCGUCUCAAGGAACUGACGAAGGCUCACGAGAAGACGCUUCUGUCCGUCGAGCGUUACGAGUUCUUCUGCAGGCAGGCGUUCACAAAAUUGUCCCUCGAGAAGACGAUUCGUCCUGCGUCGGCUAGUGAGGCUCUUCAGUUCGACGUGAACGAGUGGAAGAGUGAACUCCAGACGAAGACGAAGCAGUUGUUCAGUGAGAUUGCACCGGCUGUGAGUCAGCUGUAUCAGAAGUACGUGAAGGACGGGCUUUUGAAGGGGGAGUGGGACUCCUCGACGAGACAAUUGGUGUGUCCUUGGAGGAAGAAGGCCAGUGAGAGGGCCUCGGCCCUCGUCGACAGGCUGAGGGAUGGCUGGCAGCAUCUGCUGAGGGACAGGGCCACGAGAACUCUCACUUACAACGACGAGCAGUUUCACGUUCUCGAGAGGAUCAAGGUGACCGAGACCGGGAGGAGGAUGAAGAUGCUUCUGGAGACGGAGUGCAUUCCCUCGAUCAUUCAGAGGUCGGAGUCACUCGCCGACUGGUACAAAAUGGCGCAGACUGUCUACCUGCAGAUUCAGCUGUUGGAUAAGGAUCUUGAUAAUUACGAACGUAGCUUGGAGGCACUGGCCUAUCGACUCGCGGAUGAGAGCGCAGAACGCCACGAGGCACUUUGUAAAUUACUCGAUCAAUUACCGAGUGGGCAAACUACGGAGAACGGCUCGCAUCUGCCAAGUUGCAUCAGGGAGGAGGGGACCAAGAUGUGGAGGAAUAUCUGUGAUACGCAGCUGGAGAUUCGGGGGAUUCUCAAGGAGAAUAACGAUCUUUUUGAUGGCCUUGCCAGGCUUUCGGAGUCCUGCAGGCUGCAGAGGCAUAGUGAGGGGAAGAGCGAUGGUGAUGGUGAGGAAGAUGAGGAUGAGAAGUCUGGGGGCGAUGGCAAUGGUGGAAAUGAGGAAAAGGAGAAUAUUCAAGGGUAUCGUAAGAAUUGCUUUAUUAAUCAUGAAUAACGUUUAAUAAAAUAUUGCUGGAAUUUACGGAUGUCUACGUGAGAUGUAGAUUUACUUGAUCUUUUGUUUUUUGGUAUUAAAGAUAUUUGGUAGUUUUAUACAUUACUCUAUUGGUCAGUUCAAAAUACCUCAAGGCCUGAUUGUUUUGGUCUUUUUCGUCCUAAUCCAUUACGUUCAUUUUGGCUUCUUUGAUUCCCUCCAUUUUUUGUCUAUCGUUUUCUUAAUUGCGACAAGCGUCAUUAAGAAUGUGGUGACUUGCGUUGCAAUGACCAGAGUGCAUUCAGGGGAUAGGCAUUGGAUAUUCAAGGGUAUCGUAAGAAUGACUUCAUUAAUCAUGAAUAACGUUUAAUAAAAUAUUGCUGUAAUUUACA